AUGGAGGAAAAUGCCGUAUGUCGACGAUCGGGUUGUCUGACAGAACUAAAGCGUGGGCGGCACACCGGAAAUCGGUUGUAGAAUCUGUCCGGCCGCCGUAUAUCUUUAACUGUUUGAGUCAAGUACGUAACGGAAUAGCGGCCCACCUGGAUCCUGGCACAAAAGGCAAAACGUAUACGUAACAGAGUUCUUUUUUUGGACAAAAAAAAAAGUGAACAGUAGAUACCUAGAACGUGACGGUCCAAAAAAAUGCUAAGAAUUCUCUGACGGUCACGGAUUACGUUCAGCAUACAUAACAAAAAGAAGUUCUUCAACAUCGAUUAAGCCAGAGAGGCUCAAAAAAACGAGGACGCCGACGUGCUUCCGAUGGCAUCCAAGGAGCAUGGAGGCGGUGCUCCUCGUGACGACGGAUCCGACGACAACUGCGGCUGCGGGUCCUGGACGAUAGCGCUGCUCCUGUUCACGUCCUUCUGGCUGGUCAUGCUGUACCUGCCGCCGAUGGAUUCCUUGCCGGGGAUUCGAGAGAUUGACGGCUCGCCGCCAUGGGUCGACGACAAGCCGACCACGUGCUCCGUGGAGCUAGCCGACGUCCGGGGGCUCGAGCCGGCGCUGGCUCCGGGCGCGACCUCGCCGGCCUUCGACCUCGUCGUGCACGUCGACAACGGCCACGCCCGCGAGCUGCGCCAUGGCGGCGGCGACGUCGUCGUCUCCUACGCGGGCGUGCCCCUCGCGCGCGGGCGCACGCCGAGCUUGCGGCUGGGGGCCAAGUGCACGGGGCGGUGGCAGGUGAACGUGACGGGCUCGGGGCUGGGGAUCCCGGCGGAUUUGUCUCGCCUCAUGACGGCGGAGCGGAGAUGGGGGGUGGCGCAGCUGGAGAUCGACAUGGGCCUGGCCUGGCAGUCCUUCACGUGCGAUGUUUUCGUUGACGGGCAACCCGGCGCAUCAGCGUGUAGGCUAGAAUAGCACGUUUAAUUUUAUUUUUCUUAGUAGAUUCUGUUGAGUAUCUUGAUUACUUAGGAAACGUAAGAUAUACUGGAAAUCAUUUUGGUUUGUCUUUUAUUUUAAGUUGAUCAUGUACUCCUAUAUAUAUGCUUAUGAGGUUCAAGUAAUACAAUAACCAUUUCGCCAA